AUGGCCACCGUUGCUCCUCCUGCGGAUCAAGCAGCAGAUUUGCUACAGAAGUUGUCAUUAGAUUCUCAAACCAAGACCCUGGAAAUUCCUGAGCCAACCAAGAAGCCUUCUGUUAAUCAAUAUGGGUCUAUUGAUUCUGGAAAUGCUGCGAAUGGUCAGAUCCAAUCAGAGCGCUCCGUGACUCCAUUGUUACCUGAUUUCAUGGAUCCAUCACUAUGCUAUCUCCCGAAUGCUUAUCCGUCUGCCUAUUACUAUGGAGGCUAUGAUGGGACUGGCAACGAGUGGGAUGACUACUCGAGAUAUGUAAAUCCUGAGGGAGUUGAGAUGACUUCUGGAGUUUAUGGGGAUAAUGGGUCUCUUUUAUACCACCAUGGGUAUGGGUAUGCACCAUAUGGUCCAUAUUCACCGGCAGGUUCCCCAGUUCCAACUAUGGGAAAUGAUGGUCAGUUAUAUGGGCCUCAGCACUACCAAUAUCCUCCCUAUUUCCAGCCUCUGACUCCAACCAGUGGACCGUAUACCCCCAGCCCUGCUGCCCCGCAAAGUGAGGUAUCCACCUCUGUAGCUGCUGACCAUAAGCCUCUGCCUGUGGAAACAGCUAAUGGGAUUUCUAACGGCAUUGCAAAUGGUGGAAGUGUGAAAGGAAAUAAUGUUUCAGCUCCCUUAUCAACAUAUCAAAACUCAUCUUUCAACUCCAAUGGUUCAUAUGGAAGGGGUGCUAUGCCAGGACGUGUUCCUACUCCUGGAUACCAGGACCCGAGAUAUGGGUUUGACGGGUUACGUUCUCCCCUUCCAUGGUUGGAUGCCCCACUUUUUUCAGAUGGGCAGCCUAGACCUGUUACAAGUACAACAAUUACUUCUUCAAUCUCAAAUGGCAAUAACAUUCCAUCUGCAAGGAAUCAGAAUUACCGUCCAAAUUCUCACUUCAUGGGUUUGCACCACCCAAGGCCAUUGUCUGGAAUGGGUACAGCUCAAGGGUUUAUAAAUAGGAUGUACCCCAACAAACUUUAUGGUCAGUAUGGAAACACAGUUAGAUCUGGUAUGGGCUUUGGAUCUCAUGGUUAUGAUUCGCGAACCAGUGGACGCACAUGGCUGGCUGUUGACAGCAAGUACAAACCCAGGGGAAGAAAUGGCGGAUAUUAUGGAUAUGGUAAUGAGAAUAUGGAUGGUUUGAAUGAACUCAACCGGGGACCUCGGGCAAAGAGCUCCAAGAAUCAAAAGGGUUUUGUGCCUAAUGCAUUAGCGAUCAAGGGGCAGGUGCCAACAAAUCUUAAUAAUGACGAGGAAAAGGAUAAAACAAGUGUCCCAGACCGAGAACAAUACAAUAAAGCUGAUUUUCCCGAGGAUUAUACUGAUGCCAAAUUCUUCAUCAUUAAGUCAUACAGUGAGGAUGAUGUUCAUAAGAGCAUUAAGUAUAAUGUUUGGGCCAGCACGCCAAAUGGCAACAAGAAGCUUCAUGCUGCAUACCAGGAGGCUCAGGAGAAAUCUGGUGGCUGUCCUGUAUUUCUUUUAUUCUCGGUCAAUACCAGUGGACAAUUUGUAGGCCUUGCAGAGAUGUUGGGGCCUGUUGAUUUUAACAAGAAUCUAGAGUACUGGCAGCAAGACAAGUGGAAUGGCUGUUUCCCUGUCAAGUGGCAUAUUGUUAAAGAUGUUCCCAACAGUUUGUUGAAGCACAUUACUCUUGAGAAUAAUGAGAACAAACCUGUGACCAACAGUAGGGACACUCAGGAGGUCAAAUUGGAGCCAGGCCUUAAAAUGAUUAAAAUUUUCAAGGAACAUUUAAGCAAAACAUGCAUUUUGGAUGACUUUGGGUUUUAUGAGUCCCGCCAGAAGACAAUUCAGGAGAAGAAGGCUAAGCAACAGCAGUUUCAGAAACAGGUAUGGGAAGGAAAACCCAUUGAUGAGAAGAAAGACGUAGCAAAUGGGCAACUGAAAACUCAAAAUUCAUCAGAGGUUCCCUCUGAUUUGACCAAAGAAUCUAUUCCAGCAGUGCAUGAAAGUGAAGAGGUGAAACUUGCAGAAAAUGGAUUGAUUGCAGCUGGAGAUGCCCCAAAGGGUGCUAAGCCAGUUGUCUCAGAGAAGAGGGUUGUAGCGAAUGGGGUUGCGAACGGUUGCUAG